AUGUCACGCACCAGUCGACGAGGACCUUGGCUCCCUGAAGAAGAUGGUACUCUUCUACACCUGGUCCGUACACAAGGGCCAAACAAUUGGGUCCGAAUUUCCCAACAUAUGCAACAUCGAUCGCCAAAGCAGUGUCGGGAGCGAUAUCACCAGAAUCUGAAGCCAACUCUGAAUCACGAACCCAUCUCGAACGAAGAAGGGGACGUAAUUGAACAGCUAGUUCAGGAGAUGGGCAAGAGAUGGGCCGAAAUUGCAAGACGGCUGGGAAACCGAAGCGAUAAUGCGGUUAAGAACUGGUGGAAUGGUAGCAUGAACCGACGGAAGAGAAGUGUUCAACAGGGAGGAAAUUCCAAGGGCGUCGGCUUCAGAAGCCAACCUAUUCCGGCCUCAGCAUCUCCUCGCCCCUACCACUCCGAUCAUUCCUCUCAGUCGAGAGAGAGAUAUGGACUCAACUACUCGUUCCCGCCGCCAUUCCAAAGGCAUGAGAGUACCAACAGUCUUCCCAGUCUCACUGACUCACCCAUGCGGCCCGACUUCUCUGAUAAUCAGUAUGCCACCAGGUCUUAUGGUGAAUAUGGAUAUCUAAAAUCAUCAUCAUUUCCUCCACUCGACCGGUUGCCACCUACCCCAAGAGAACUCAGGCCUCCUUACAGUGGCGACCCUUUCCCAUCACCGCUUUUGCGUGAUCCUCUUGCGUCGUUGCAACGACCAGAGGCCUCCAAGAUCCAACUGCCUCCUAUUCAGUACCUGGAGCGACCAAUACCGUCGCCGGCGGCGACAGACGUCUCACAUGCAUCGCCAACCCAGCAAGCUCCAUCUCUGGUAUCAGAUAACCAGUCAAACUGCUCAAUCUCUCCCAAAACUGUUCCGUCACCCCGUCCAGCAAUCAAUGCCGUAAAGGGACUUCCGGCACAAAUAUGGGAUAACUCGCCCCGGGAAGAAACCCUUGACGCUUGUUCCCCGAAGGAGCGGCCAAGGACUCUGUCCCCGGUUGAAUCAUCACUACUACGUGCUCAAAAUAGCACGCUGAAAGGGGAAGAUCAUGGCGUGGCUAAUGCUCAGAAGGGAGAUCAUAGAAUGACCUUGUCGAGACUACUUGGUUGA